AUGUGCCUGUAUUGUUUUCGCUUGCAAAGUGCAUGCCGCGCGGCGCCUGCAGUUGUUCGGGCCGACGCGGGCGACAUGAAGGCAGACCACGCCGGCCGUCCGGGCUUGAUUCUUCCCUUGGUGAAGCGCGGGCCGACCGUGGGGUGUGGCGAGAAUUGUCGCACUGAUGCCGUCAGAAUUCAUCUCCCGCGUGCCUCGCAGGCGGACGACUCACAGCCGCUCUCCCGACCAUCUCCUCAUCCUUGGCAUCGCUCGGACGUGUGGAAUGGACGUCCGAGCGAUGGCCAGAUCACGCUCCUCUCCCCCUCCGUCGUGGCCGCGCAGCCUGGCGCUGCGCUGGUGCCGCCCGCGCAAGGCUGCCCUGCUGGCCGACCUCUCCUUCGUCCCCUUUCUCUGGCGCAGGCCUUCGUCCCGCGCGCAAGUGCCCGCCGCGCGCGCGAGGAGAGCUGGCCCUAA